CACGGUGCAUUUACAAGUUCGCGCAGCUGUGACACAUUGAUAAAAUGAUAAGUGAUAUGUCAAAGUGAAGUUUAGGAUAAUAUUUCUGUUUUCUGCCGUUCCCCAUCUGUGAUUGUAAAGUCUCCUGCAAAUAGUUUGAACGCGUGAUUGAAGGCAAAUCAAAUAUAAAAUCAUCGGGUAUCAGAAAUUAUAGAAAAGUUUGGUUGCAUGAUUUGACAGAAUUUUGAAAGCUAUAAUAUGUGUGAUACCGAAGUCUCUUCCCAAAACACAACAUCGUCUUUGUCAUUGCUUGACUUACCAGUCGAGAUACUGCUCCACAUUUGCUCUUUUUUGGAUGCGGCGACAUUGGUUCACAGCCUGAGUCUAGUUUGCAAAGAAUUCAACCUGAUUCUGAACGAUGAUUCCAUGUGGAAAGCACGAAUCAAUCAGAUUUGGCCACACUGUGGUUAUCCUAUCCUGCCUUCCGAUGAUGACAAUGGACUGUUUUGGAAGCUUUCCUGCAGUGCGAUUGAGCGACAAAAUUUGCUGUGGGGUAAAGAGCAGGGAGAAACAAUGGAGAAAUUAUCACUGCAUAAUAUUCAUUAUUCAACCAUAGAUAGUAUCAUACUCUUAAAUAAAGGAAAUGUCUGUGUCUCUGGAGCAAGAGACCGGUCCCUCGUGUAUUCAGUCUUGCCAAACAAAGGAUGUGAGAAUCCCGUAUCAAAGACCACGAACAAUGCCCACGAUGGAUGGAUUUGGGAUUUGACUGCCCUAGACGAUAACAUCUAUAGCUGUAGCUGGGAUCGAACCAUCAAAUCUUGGAAACUCUCGGAUACUGGGCUUAUUCCGCUGAACAUUUAUGAGAUGAAGGUUACUGCACCCCUGUUGUGUGUGACGUCAUCCGUACAUUUGGGUUUGUUCGCAUGUGGAUCAUACUGUAAAACAGUUAUGGUAUACGAUCCACGAUCCCGCUCACAAGUAGCCACCUACCAACCGCAUCAGCGAGCCAUUGUCAGACUAGCCAUGAAUUCUAAUUAUAUUCUCACCGCUAGCGAGGACAAAACACUAUCUAUUUGGGAUCAUAGGAGCAGAAAAACAGUGAAAACUAUCAAAAUAUCCAACGAGAAUUUUCCCAUGAGUAUUUCAAUGCAGAAGAGUACUGUUUAUGCAGGAGAUAAUGGAGGGAAAUUGCACGUUCUUGAUUCGAGCAAAGAUUUAGAACUGGUAAAAAGCUACGAGACUGGACACACAAAGGCCAUUACUGGAGUGUAUCAGACUCCAGGUUGCCUGAUCACAACUUCUUUGGAUAAAAGUGUACGGAUAUCAAGUCCUACAAACCCUCCAAAGCUCCUUACUUCUCUAAAUUCCACAUACGGUGAAAUAGCCAGUAUGGAUUACUUGAACGAGGUACUAGCUAUAUCAGGUACGGAUGGGAUACAAAUCUGGAGACCUAAAAGCAGAGUAUAGCUUGCCGUAUACAGCAUCAGAUAUCAAUAGUAAAUACCUGGCAAAUGGAAAUUAUAGCACUGGAAAGCUCGGGAAAGAUAAAACAAAUUUAUAAGUUAAAAACAGUGGUAAUUCAGUGUCCAUUGAUAUACUUGAUAACAGUCCUAAGUCGCAGCCUUAAUAAAUAAUUCAUUCCACUAAUUCUGCCUCACUUAGCGGACAUUCUAUGUUUUUAACAAUAAAAAUGUAUGCUUUGCUAUAUAACAUGAUACAAAUUUUACAAAAAUCGUUAUAACUUAUACUCACCAUUUAUAAAUUUUUUACCAAAAAUC